GGCUUGAUGCGGUGGCAAAGAAUUAGUGAAACUGUCGGUGAGACCGCAUCGGGGCAUACCAGAAUGCCAUGUUCUUAUACUCCGACGACACUGUAUUACAGUGUCUGAGGUGGCAAACCCGAGGCAGUAUGUUCAUUACACGUCAGGGGACGGGACUAUGACGUGUAGGUGGGUGGUACAAAAGCGGCAAUGUUCGUGAAAACAGACACGCUCCUCGCGGGUGCCGUCGACGAACUCAAGGUCGUCGAGACCGCCCCGUCCGCCACGAGUUUCUAACCGUCGGAGAAUACAACGUACCGGAGGAAAGCUACUGUUUAUCUUGCGGAUAAUGAUGGACGAAGAAUCGCUGCGGAGACAGAGAUCCGCGAGGGGAGAGUAAGGGGCCUGGCCAGCGAGCCCGCGGAGGAAUUGGGACGCGGAAACGAAGAGCCGAAGGGAAUCAGAGCGCGGGGCAGCAGACGACGACGGACGACGGUGAAGACGAUGGGCGAGCAGGCCGCGGCGCUCCAAGCUUCCUCCCAUCCGACUGAGAGGCCCGCAGCUCCAUCUGGUUUAGCCGUACAGUUGCACCAACCAGGAAAAAAAUCAGAAUGGCAGCAAAGUCCAGGGGUUCUUUUUGUUCUAGCUGGCGUCAGCAAUAUGUGUGGAGCCGCAGCCACAAACCCGAUCAAUGUUGUCAAAGUCCGAAUGCAGCUGGAUGGGGCACUCGCCAAACAGACAGGGGGUGGCUCAUGAACGUGUUUACCCCGGUUUUUUCAAAGGGAUCAUGCGGAUUGGAAAGGAGGAAGGUGUGCAAGGAUUAUGGAGAGGCACAGGAGCUGCACUACUUAGAGAAGCAUCCUAUUCAAGUAUACGCAUGGGUGCCUAUGAACCGUUUAAGAAGGCCUUCGGAGCAGACAAUCCUGCACACACACCGUUGUGGAUAAAGGUGGCAGCAGGGGCAUCGGCAGGCACAAUUGGAAGUGCCAUUGCAAAUCCUACAGAUGUUAUCAUGAUUCGUAUGCAGGCUCCGGCUCUUAGUACAUCGAUUGCAGGUGUUUCUGGCUCAUGGCAGUACCGAGGUCCGUUUCAUGCUUUUGGUUCUAUAGCAAGAACCGAAGGUUUGAGAGGAUUAUUCCGAGGGGUUGGGCCGACAAUGCAACGGGCUGCUCUUUUGAAUGCAGCACAAGUACCAACUUAUGAUCAUACGAAACAUUAUUUGCUCAACUCUGGCCUCAUGAAAGAGGGAACUGGAAGUCAUUUGGCUGCAUCGAUGGCUGCAGGCCUUGCAACAGCUCUUGCCAUAGCGCCAGUGGAUUUGAUGAGGACCAGAAUAAUGCAACAAGCGGUACAUCCACAUGGAGAUGGAGUUUUAUAUUCAUCUACUCUGGACUGCUUCUGGAAGACCUUGCGAGCCGAAGGACCCCAGGGACUGUACAAAGGUUUUGUUCCUGUUUGGUUGCGUAUUGGUCCUCACACGAUUAUCACCCUUUUCUGCUUUGAGGAAUUCAGAUCAAUGCUUGGAAUAAGACCAAUUUGACCACAGUAAAGGAGAUGAUCAGUCAUCGUUCUCCAAAUAGAUGCAGCUUGAGUCAGUGACUGACCUUGUUGUGAAAGAAAACUCAAAAGACAACAUUGUCCCUCCAGAAGGCUCGCAGUAUGCUUCUGUGCAGGGAGCUCCAAUCUGCCUCCACACCACUGAUGACAAGCAGACAGCUCUGCUUGUUUGUGUCUUGUAAUUUCUACAUGCUUCAAAUCAUGACAUACAUACUCCGAGCCCUAGUGUACAUAGCCCUUCAGUCAAGCCCAGGGAUCCAAACACUUGAGUGCCAAGUGACCCGGAAGCUCUUCACGAGCAGUAGAUAAAGCCUUCACAAGCAGAAAUCUUCAAACAUACAGGAGAUGGAGCACUUACAUUUUGCGAAAACAUAAAAGCUGGAAAUACACCAAGCACAAAGAAUUGUUUAAACUGGCAGAAAAGUCAGCUUCACUGCAAUAAAGGGUUCUAUCAAGCAUCCCACUUUGUGA